GAAAAGACGAAGAAGAGGGUAAGAGACGAUGAUCGGACAAGACGUGGAAGAGCUCCGGAAGCUUGUCGACCGCCAUCCUUCUGGUGGGUGGGAGAAAUGCUGGGAGCUUGAAUUGACACCAUGGGACAUAGGUGGUCCGACUCCGAUCGUCGUUCACCUCCUUGACUCGGCCUCUUUGCCCAACGGCACCGCCUUAGUCCCUGGAUGUGGUGCCGGCUAUGAUGUGGUCGCUAUGGCAUCACCUGAGCGUUAUGUCAUUGGAUUGGAUUACUCUGACUCUGCUACUAAGAAAAAAAACGACAACUUAUAA